AUGGCGCAAGAGCGUCAGGGCUUAUCUCGAACUCUUCCAAAGAGCUUCACGUUCUCUUCGAUCGAAUCAUCCUUCCCCAGAACUCCAGAACACCCUCGCGUCGAACCGCAGAUCCCCCCUCCUCCUCGACAUUCAAGUUAUCGCAUUAGACGGCCACGAUUCGACAGUCAUGCUAGCAUAUUCUCAACCAUGUCUGGCGAACCCAACAUUUUCGACCUCAGUCGUCCGGAUGUUCCCGUGCCUUCUAUCGAAUUCCCAGUAUCAGAUACGAUGUCUGAACCCGAUAUCACAACUUAUGAGUCGGUUUCGUCCGAAUUUUUACAAGUGCCAGCAUUAAGACGUAUGGAUUUCAAGACACCUCCAGCGCAGAUCCGUACAGAGCCUUUCAAUUUCCCCCGUGCUACACCCGAUCCUACGGAGGAUGUUCAAGAUGAUCCCAUUGAGAGGCCAAGCUCUAGGGCUUCCGACUCGUCUGUUUCUUCCAUCGAGACAUACACUACGCAGCCUUCUCUUGGUGGCAGUUGCACAAGCCCUGAGAGUGAGAUAUACGACCCGUUCAGCUUUCAGCUUACUGAUACGAACAAAUAUGUUCUUGAGACACCUCCCAGCAGCAACCCAAAUCGCGGCAAUUCACUUGACCUACCCAAAAGAAAGACACGGUGGAAUGCAGAUAUGGACAACCAUCUGUGGAAUACUUAUCAGAUGUAUCUACAGGAUCCUACAACAACCCCAUUCAAAACUCUUCCCGGAAGCCUUCCGCCUCUCGGGGUCUCACAUCGGGUUGCACGAGAAGCAAAGAAGACUUGGGCCCGGCUAAAGUCAAGAAAGGAGAAGGAAACCGUUGACAUCGUUCCAACGUCCAUAACAGGCGACAAUGAACAGUCAACCACCCCUGCUGAAAACAGGAGUGGAAGUUGUACGCCCACUGCCAAGAAGCCGGCUUUGCCUUGUUGGCCAAGAUCCGAAGCAGCUACACGACGACGACUCAAAUUUCUCUGCAAACGGAAACUUUCGAUUGCUCCUCAUUAUCAACGCUUGCUGCAGUCUCGUAGUCCUUCACCAUUCCUUGAUGUCUUCACAGCACCUCCCCGAAGACCAGUUGGCCCAACAUUUGACCACAGUUCAUCAACUACUUUCAUGACUCGGGAUCUCGGCGUGUCUCUUGUCUCGAGCUCUUUACCAACUGAUUUUGCAAACCUUGGUGCCAUCGAAACACCCGCUGUCCAGCUGGCGCUUCCGGUUGCCCAGCCGGCCCCCUCGGUUGAUAUUAUGCAGUCACCCCAGCAAGUUUCCAAUACUCCAGCCUCUAUUCUCAGCCAUGUUUCUUCUGUUCAGGAACCAUUCCCCCGUCUUGGUUCGCCUUUCAUGUAUAACACAUGGGGMCCUGAAACCUCGCGGCGCGAAUCUCAUGGCGCAGCUACUCGCGGGCUACGACGAGAUACCAUUCAUGUAGCUGGAUCACGAUUGAGGUCGCCCCCUCGCAUGGACCUGCCAUCAAGCGUUCACAAACGUCGAGCACACCAUCGAUUAGAAUCGAGUCCCAAUCCAGGUGACAUUCAGCGUGGAAUUCGGGACCUGGCUCGGGACGGAAAAUUAAAAGACGGCCAGCGCCGUGUCCGACUUCGCAAUCGUGGCAAUACAACUAGUGGUGGCUUCAGCUCCAAGGAACGCAUUGAACAACUCUUUUCACCGACAUCCCCUUUUACUUUUCCUGGCAACGAAGCCAGCUCAUCAGAAGUCCCUCAGGAGUUCCUCCGCCCUCGCGCCGAGACCAUUCGCCGUCUGGGUUCACCAUUCCAACCCGAAUCCACCCCACGUUUUCAUCCCAGAUCUCCUAGACAUGCCCCGUCCCUGUCUGACCCGUUCAUGAACUCCUCUAUCAAGUCACAAGUUCAUCUUCACCAUCAGGGUGAAGUCGCUGCUACAGAAUCACGAGUGGCCGCAGGUGGACUUCCGUACGAUCCUACCGAGGAAGGACUUACUGAUGCGGAGAGAAUCCGACGGCAAAUCCUGAAUUUGCCGUACACCAAGAACUCACUGGUAUGUGUCAGCCCAUUUUGGUACCUUGCGUCAUUAGAUUAA